CUUCUAGAUACAGAAAAGUGGAAGCUGGAGGCAAAGUGGGUCAGAGGAAGGUGGGAUGUCUGUAUGGCUGGAGACAGGAGAGGAUGAUGAUGAUGAUGAUGAUGAUGAUGAUGCGCUUGUUCCUGAACUGCACCUGCUGAAGAAUGUGUUCAGUUCUAUCCAGACUUCCAUCUGUCUGAUCCUCCUUUUGCUUGAAGCCUGACCACACAUCUCUGAUAUUGUUCCUCUUCAGUUUAUUCUCCAGCUUCUUCCUGUACUUCUCCUUGCUGACUCUAAUCUUGACUUUGAGCUUCUUCUGUAUACUCCUCAGUAACUCUGUCUCAUUCCUAAAGACUCCUUGUUUCUGGUUUAACAGUUCCUUUAGGUCACUGGUGAUCCAGUGACUCUAUUCUGGUGGGGAUGGUUCUGAUCACACAGAAGUUUAUAUAGUCAGUCACACACUCAGUCAUGGCACUGAUGUCAUCUCCAUGUGUAAAGUGCUUUACUUUGGAACCAUAUUCACAUUUAUACACUGAUAUGAAUGUGGCAGCACUAGGUGGAGCUCAUGAAUAUUAUGCAACUUCAGUUCUUCGAUCCAAAAAAGAAGCAGCUCAUCAAGAAAGAAGCAGCCCUGGGAAUAUUACCUUCUCUUUUUAAGGCACAUGGGUUCAAAUAUGCAGAUAUUUAUGACAUUUGAGAUGAGAUCUAAAUUUACAAAUCAAUUUAUUAAAUUCUAUGUAAAUACUGUUUUAAAAACACAUUCUUAAAAAGAAAAGCAAAUAAGGAAAACAGGGGAAACCCCACAGAAGCUGAGGUUACUGGUAGGAGAGUCAGAAACAAGGGACAGCAUUCAGCAAACAACAAUAAAAAAAACCCUUUAAAGCACUAGACAGUGAGACAAGUUAAACCCACUUCAUCAUCUAAAUGGACACCAGAGGGCAGUCUUUUCCAUGAAGACUUCCUUUUCCUGCUGAUGAUAGCAUUGUCCCAAUACUCCUCUGUGUGUGGAAUGAAACAGUGAAAACAGUUUGUCCUGGUGAGACGAGCAGCAGUGUGGCAGAGCUAAGAGACCAUGUGCCCUAUUGCUGGGCUCAAUAAAGAUUCUCUUUAUUCUCACUUUCCACUCUUGGACAGGUGUCCUCAGGUGUCCUCAGGUGUCCUCAGAUGUCCUCAGCUCAUUCCCUCCCUUCAUGGAUAUAAUCUUAUGCCUAAUUGGCUAACUGGAGCAGCUAAGACCAGAUAUAGGGCUGUGUCUCACAGAGGAACAUCUAUGUCUGACUACGAGUGUUAGACUUUAGCAUGGUCAGAAAUUUACAAACACUCAGUGUCAACGUCAUUCUUGGAUUUAUUUUGUUCAUUUUAUUAUUCAUUUCUGUCUAUUUUUUUCUUUUUUUAAUCUCUUUUUUCAGGGUUAGGAUGGUCAUAAUUCAUAUUUCUGACCUCUGUCUUAGAGUUUGUGUAAAUUACACUGUUAAAAAAGUCACUGGAGAAUUUACAGUAACUUACUGGCAGCAGGGUUGCCAGCCAGUUACUGUAAUUUUUACGGUAAAGAAAUUACAGUAACUUUACAGUUCCCUUAUUGUAAUUUUUUUUUACAAUAGCCUUCUGUAAUUCUAUUGCAGUUUUACUGUCAUUUUUAUUACUAUCUUACUGUAAUUUGAUUAGUGUCACUGUAUUUUCUUUAAAAUAGCACAGUAAUUAUAUAACAUGGUUAAUGUGAUUUCAUCACAUUUUUGUCAUAAAAUUACAGUAGUCUUGUAGAAUUACAAAAAGUUGCAAUUAAGUAAGUAAUUGUAAUUGAAGAAAUUGUGACAACUUUGCCGAAACUCGUUGUUUGAGCUUUCACGUGUCCGUAGUUCUCCAGAUAAGCGCGCUGAACAAGCGCGUGGUUGCUACGCGCGUGCUUUCUCAGUGCUCAUAACGAGCACGCGCGUAUUUUGCCGCCUGGGCAGCUGGUGCGGAGCGGCAAGAAGAGGCAGGGGGAACCGAAUCUGAUGGGGAAACGCGAAUCGACGUAAUACCGCGUUUUACGUCGACGUUUGAUAUGGGCCAUGAAGCCCAUAUCAAACGUUCACAUUCUCAAAAAAUGUUUUGUCUCAAACCAACCAUGUCUGAAGUUUCUUAGUUUUCUAGGUUUUUAUAUUCAGGAAGGUUUAUAGAAAGUCAGUUUGUUUUAAACGUUGGUUUAGAAAUGUUCCUCUACAUUCAUUUCCUGUGAUGAGCAGGUGUUCUAUCAGAUUAUCAUACGCUGUCAGAAUAGCGUACAUGCAGUGAGUACGCAUGCCUGCGCAUGCGCAUUAAGAAGUCCGACCGUCAGAGGAGCUCAGUUCAGUUUACGCGACAGGUUGUGACGAAAAUAAGUCAUUAAAUUGCUUUCAAUAAUAACUAGAUAGAUAUAAAUGCAUUGUCGUGGUUUGAAAGUGUAUUUAAAGCAGAGUCUAGCUACAGCUGCAGUCAGCUACAACACGCCCCCUUGUGAAAGUCAUUAGCCUAGUUAACCGCUAAGUCAGGAUGUCACACAGCUGUUAAUAGCAAAGUGUGUGACGAUCUACGUCAUGAUUCUUACGUUGCUGAUUAACUAAAAUCAUAUGGUGAUGACGGUGUAUACUUGUCUGAUAGAUAUAACCGUCAGUUCGAUCUGACAGAACAGCGGCUCUCUAUUGUCCUCAUCCAUCCGGUGAAGACCGGGGUAAUUCGUGUAAUUACAGGCUAGUAAACUAGAUGUGCACAAAGUUGGCUAAAGAUGCAACUCAAGAAAGAUGAAACUGUUCAACUCUUGUUGCUGUCUGUCUGCUGUCGCGGAAAAAGUAUUUUGCUGUUCGUAGCUCCCCGUGUGUAACGUGUUGCUGUGAACUAGAUAACCCUCCGCGGGAGAGAGGCUCUGAUGUCAAAAUAGAUGGCUCAUUAAUCUGCGUUAUGUAAUAUUAACGCAUUAAAAUGUUCCGGUUAAUCGCGUGCGCUAACGCGUUAACGUGGACAGUCCUAUGUGCGAGAGAAAAUAAAAUCAAAUAAAAAACAGUUGAGGCAUCCUACCCUCAAACAACUUCCGCAAAAAGACCAGAAUACAGCCAUCUGCAUAGGUGAACUAAAAAGAACUUGUGUUGCACAUAAUGUUAGCUGAGAAAUAACCGAAGUUAGCUUUAGCAAACAAGCGAGAGUAGCUCAAUAUGACCACAUCAAAUAUAUUUUCUUACACAAACAAACACAAAAAAGCAAUAUGUUUUUUAAAAAGUACUUACAGGCUAGAGGCCCCGCCCUCUAGCCUGUGAACGUUUGCCUCCAGUACAUUAAAAAUUAAAAAUUUACAGUACAGCUGUAAAUUUCCGCACGUGAUCCAGCGGUCCAAUCAGGCCCCAUAUACUUUCCAUACGCAUUUCAGAUCACAGUGAAGAGCUGUAUUUUCAAAACCUUACUGAAUUUUCACGAUGUAGUUUUUACAGCCAUUUGUUACAGUCUGAUGGCACAUAUUUACUUCCAUAGUAGGGAAGCUGAAAAAUUAAAAGUGAAUUUAAUGUACCUCAGUCAUUAUUCCAUCUAUAGAUGCCAGCAUCUCUACGCUUCACAGUUGGAACCAUGUGAAGCGUUUUUGUUGGUGCAAACUUUGCUACUCUUUGUGUCAAACCAAAGAACACUGCAAACACACACUUCUUCAGCACUGGUGAGGAGUUCAUCUAUGAGAGGUGAGCAGCCACAGAUUCACAGUAAAUGUUGUUUCAUAGCACUUUAUAUGAAAAAUACAUGACAUUUGGACAUUUUAAAUAAAAAAAAUAAAUAAAUAAAAACAACUGAAAACAACAGACGUUUUUCACAACUGGAAGCUAGAAAAAAUAAAAACCAAACACCACCAAAACCAUAAACAUAAUGGAUUAUAAGGUCUCUGCAAACAAAAUUUGAAACUAGACACAAGACAUGUAAAACAUCCAAACUCUCAGUUAAGACUUUUAUGAGUAUUGAGCUCAUUUUAAUUUACAAUGUUAAUUAUUGAUUUAUUCCUUAUUGCAACAAGCGUAGGCUACAUAUAUCUCAAAUUGUUUUGACACCCUAAGCAGAUGCUGGACUCUGAAAUGUUUAGUUGGAUAACCUAGAAAAAAUACUUUGUAAUCACCAUGAAGACUUGUGAGUGAGCUAGCGCCAUGGGAAGCUCACAGCUCUGGAGCUCAGACUGUUGGCACCAUCAGGUGACGGAACAAAAACGCCUCAGGCCAGCUGAACCAGUCUGGGACUGGAAGCUAUCAGAGGUUGCUUAGUGAUGCACAAAUGUAGAAACAAUGUUAUGAAAGCAUUACUAUCAGCUAUUACAUAAAGGAAAAGGGAUUACUGCAUAAGCAUGCAUAAACUGUUCACCUACUCAGCCCUGCUGGGCUCUGGGAACUUGCAUGUCAGUGUGUGUGAAUGUGUGUGUGAUGUGUGAGUGUGUGUCCAAGCAGUGCAGAUCAGCAGAGAGAUUAGUGUUUUCUGAGUGUGUGGACGGCUUGAUGGAACAUUCUGGAAGCCUUUCAGCUGUAGGAAACUGGAGAGAAGACAGAAUCUUGAAGUUCUGACUUUCUUCAUUUGAGCUGAACAGAAGGAACCAAACCAAAACCAACUUCAGGAGUUACUACAGUCAGUAGUGUCAGUGCUGGAUCCAGGCAGAGAUAACGCAGUGGGAUAACGGACCAUGCUCCUCCCCUGUGGACACCCAGGCUUUUGGCCACAUCACAAGUGGUGUCAUAUCAGCUAAAUCAGACCGAGAAAUAAUCCGUUUAUUUUAAAGUGAAACAGAGGCUUGGUCAGACUCCACUGACAGCAACACUUCAACCUCACUGGUCAAAUGGCAGAGGAAUACGAACAGGCAGAAUUUAUCAAAGAUCGACUGUACUUUGCUACUCUUCGUGUCAAACCAAAGAACACUGCCAACACACACUUCUUCAGCACUGAUGAGGAGUUCAUCUAUGAGAGUUUCUACGCAGACUUUGGGCCCCUGAAUCUCGCAAUGCUCUACAAAUACUGCUGCAAACUCAACAAGAAGCUCAAGUCCUUCACAAUGUCUAGAAAGAAACUGGUUCACUUCACCAGCUAUGACCAAAAGAAGAGAGCCAACGCUGCUUUUCUCAUCGCUGCCUACUCUGUUAUCUAUUUGAAAAGGAGUCCAGAUGAAGCCUACAGAACUCUGAUCUCAGGAAAUAAUACUCCCUACCUGCCAUUCAGGGAUGCAGCGGCGGCAGAGAGCACCUUCAACCUCACUGUCCUGGACUGUUUACAGGGAAUACGUAAGGCAUUGCAGCACAGAUUCCUGGAUUUUGAAACUUUUAGUCCUGAGAAAUAUGAACAUUACGAGCGAGUUGAAAAUGGAGACAUGAACUGGAUCAUCCCAGGAAAAAUUCUGGCUUUCAGCAGCCCUCAUGCUCGAAGCAGGGUGGAGAACGGUUAUCCUCUCCAUGCACCUGAGGCGUACUUUGAGUUCUUCGGCCAAAACAACGUGACUGAUGUGGUCCGCCUGAAUAAGAAGUUGUACGAGAGCCGACGGUUUGAGGACGCACAAUUUGAACACCAUGAUUUCUUCUUCAUGGACGGCUCAACACCCUCUGACCUGAUCGUUAGACGCUUCCUGCACGUGUGUGAGAGUGCAGAGGGAGCUGUAGCUGUGCACUGUAAAGCUGGUUUGGGCCGUACAGGCACUCUGAUCGCCUGCUAUCUGAUGAAGCACUUCAGGUUCACAGCAGCUGAGGCUAUCGCUUGGAUCAGGAUCUGCCGACCCGGGUCAAUUAUUGGUCCCCAGCAGAACUUCUUAGAAGAGAAACAGCACAGCUUGUGGGUUCAGGGAGAUGUGCAUCGCUCCAAACAGAAGCUUGCCCAGCAGAGGUUCAAUCGACGACAGCAGCAGCAGCAGCAGCAGCACCAUCUGCCUGGUUCUGACCCGGUACCACUGGGCAAACAAGAAGCAAUGCCUCAUCUGGUUACAAGCAUGAAUGAUCUGUCAAUCAAAACCGCUCUGUGCAAAUCCUACAGUUUGGAUGAAAGCAACUGUAAGGAAACCAGUCUGACCCAGGGAGACAAUCUGAGAGCAGUGAAGGGAAAACGGACACCAAGAUCAGCUUCCUCCUCUUCCAGGUCAAACAUGUCAAAGGAGUCCCACUGUUCCAUCCUCCCUCCCCCUAAGUCACCUAAAAUCAGCCUUUCCCUUCCUCCAUCCUCUUCUAAAAAGCUUAGAAGAAAAUCUUCCACUGUUACACAGAUCAAGAGCCCUUUCAGCCUUAGUCUGUUCAGCACCAGGCCUGCACUGAUUCACUGAACUCAGCUGGGAGAACAAGGUUAUGGAUCUGACAGUGAGCAGAUUGCAAAACUGGAUCAGCCAGAGUCUGGGAAGGCCUUAAACAUUGUGUUCAUGAAGCUGUUGAAUUCUGCUUCAUUGAUUUGCGAGAACAGUCGAUGAACAAAUCAGCUGUAAGAAUUAUAUUUUUCCUGUAAUACCCAUUGUAACAUAACCACUAUGUUUGUUUUUUUCUGAAUAAAUACAUUAAAGAGUAAAUGUAUCAAACUGUUUUUGUAGAACAGUUGCUGUUAUUUCAUAGUUAAAAUUAUUUCUAAUCUCCACUGUUUAAAGUUGAUUUUGGGCAGCAUCAUGCUGGUUUUAGGUGUGGUUGAAAUGAGUGAAUAAAAAGCGGCGUGGCGUCGGAGAGGAAGACGCACACAGUCAGAUCUGUGCAGCGGGAGAUUUGACUUGAUUGAAUGUUUAAAAUAAGUUAAAAAUCAAAGAAAAGAGAUAAAACAGCAAUCAAAGUUCACCCCAGCGCCGCAGAUCGUGCAUUUAGAAACCGGAUCGGAGCUUGUACCCAGGAAACGCCGCCCGGUGCGAGAGGACGCCACCGAGGGGGAAGAAAGACGCUCCGGUGAGAUCUGGACUUUUGGUGGUACCACUCUUUUUGCUUAUCUUUUUUGGGGGGAUUUUGACAUUUUGGAUUUUUCAUUUUGGACUGGGACUUUGGAUUAAAACGGAGAAAUACUUCCAGGACUUUGUUUUGUUUGUUGGAGGAUAUGGAACUCCUUUGUGGACAUUAUUCUUUUUAAAAAAGAAUGGGAAAUUUUGGACAUUUAAUUAUUUAGGUUCUUUGCUGAUAUAAACUGAGUGAUUUAAAUCUAACCUAUAAUUAUUUUUUGAGGGAUUUUUGGUUAUUGAUUUAGUUAUCAAGAUAACUAUUAUUAUUUCUUAGUAUUGUGAUUUUUUUGGAAUAAAUCAUUGUUGCUAAAAAUCAACAAAUUUCA